AGUGCCAAGAUGAUCGUCUUUUGGGUUACAUUGUUUUUUUUUCACCAAGGAUAUUCUCUGGUUCCAGUUAAAACUGUUCAUCUUGGUGAACCAGCAACCUUGCCAUGUGCUAUUCCCAAAGAGCUCAGCAUUAGGGGACUCAAAUGGUACAAGCAGAGUGUCGGGGAUACUCUUAAAUUAAUAGUUAGUUUGAUUCAGUCUCCAGAUUUUGGUCCUGGAUUUUCGAGCUCAAGAUUUCGGAUAAAUAAUGAUGCAAAUUUUAGCAGCCUGACCAUUUUGGAGACAGUUCAAGAGGAUGAGGGUCACUAUCACUGUGUGGACACAGAAUGGAUUGGAACUACAUGGAGUGGGACGUAUUUGUUAGUAAAAGGAAAAACUCAGAGGACAUCAAACUUUGUAGUCAGUAAGUUACUGAUAGAAUCAAAUCCAGUCCGUCCAGGAGACACAAUGACGCUCCAGUGUUCAGUCUUCUCUGACUCUGACAACAAGACGUGUCCAGGAGCUCUCAAUAUUCUCUGGGUCAGAGAUGGAUCAGAUAAAUCUCUUCCAAACAUCAUCUACACUGACAGAAAGAGAAGUAAUGAAUGUGAUGAAAGAUCUGACAAUCAGAAGACAUGUGUUUAUCACUUCUCUAAGAAUGUCAGCUCCUCUGAUGCUGGGACUUACUACUGUGCUGUGGCCACAUGUGGGGAGAUAUUAUUUGGAAGUGGAACUACACUAGUUAUUCAAGAAAACAGUGUGUGGUCACAGACAGCUAGUAGAGUUGUUUUCUUUCUUUGCGCUGUCUUGGUUAUAAGUCUGAUUGUUAUUGCUGUCCUCAUUUACACAAUCAAGAUAAACAACAGUGAUCAUCCCAAAGCUGCUGUCCUGCAGAAAAUCUUUAGUGAUGAGAAAAAACAGCAGAAUAAGGACACAUGGAUGUUUUCUGCUGUUGUCUUUACCACGAUAGAAGUUGACAGAAGUAUAACAAAGAGUGCAAACGCAGUGACGAGGCAGCAGAUCUAUAUGGCUGCCAAGACUUUUGGGCUGGAUUAGGUCUAUAUACGAUGCAUUGGUAUGAAAUAAUCUUCUUUAUGUUUGCUUGGAGCUAAUUGUUUCUUUUAUAUUGUGGCUUUGUGUACAUAUUGUUAUCAGCAUGUUUAAAUGUACUUUGAUCGAUUGCAACUUAAUAAUGAAAAUGUACAUGUUUGUAUACAUGUCAAGAUCCGCCUUGAACAGCAGCAUUCCUGGUUUAGUCUGGAAUGUAUGAGGUUCUGAUAGUUAGGGUGCAUACCACAUAAGUGCAUUCCCAUUAAAAUAAAACAAACAGACAGACAUUUGUGAAAGCAAGGGAUUAUCAUUCUUGGUAAUUAUGUAGUAAAUAUGCAAAUUAAAUCUGUAUCAAUUUUUUAAAUUUCUUUUUUAUGAUGUAUGAUGAUAAAAUCUUGGAGAAAUAAGUAAAGGGUGAAUAUGUAAAUAAGAAAAGUACUGUAGCUGAAAGUACUGAUGUAUUCAAACAGGGAAACCACACAUGAGAGAAGUUUACAGAUUUCAAGAUAAGAAAAAAGGUGAUUUUGAUCAGUACGUAGCGUUGGUUUGUGUCUCAGAAGAAAGAAAUGUUGAGAAUGGGGUUAAAAGGAAGGUUACUGUAUCAUAGUACAUCAUUGUCUUUACCAUUUUGCAGUCUAGUUGUAAUGAAUUGUCCUAAAAUCCUAUUGUCAAUGUUACUGUGUUUGUCAACAUUAAUCUUCCAAAUUAUGAAAUUAAAUAAAACA